AUGCCGGCAGCACUGGUUCAACCAUCCGAUAGGGCUGAAAAGCGUCCCGAGCUGCCACCGUCAUCGCCAGCUCUGUUCACGCCGCCAACCUAUACCAUGAAAGAAAUAUACGAUGCUAUUCCACCGCACUGCUUACAACCAAACACUCUCUUGUCUCUAUUCUACGUUCUUAGAGAUUUUUCUUAUGUCGCCACCCUAAUAUGUCUUGCUACCCAAAUUCCUAAAAUUCCAAACGACAACGUCCAAUUCGGAGCUUGGGCACUGUAUUCCUUCCUACAAGGCUUGGUCUUCACAGGAUUAUGGGAAAUCGCCCACGAAUGCGGCCAUGGAGCUUUAUCAAAAUCCAAACUUUUCAACAAUGUCACGGGACUCAUUGUCCACAGUCUCCUUUUUGUCCCAUUCCACUCGUGGCGCAUCACGCAUUCAACACACCACAAGAACACCAAUAAUCUUGAUAAAGAUAUUGCUUUUGUUCCUAAUCUCAAAGAGGCUCACGAAGAAGCCCAUGCUACUCAUUCUAAGCUUCGCGAUUAUGUAGAGGAUAUGCCUAUUACGGCUUUGAUACACCUAUUCUUUCAUCAGCUGAUUGCUUUUCCUGUUUAUCUUACCAUCAACAACUUCGCUUUGGCGAGGAUGGCUGUUUAUCCAUGGUGGACUAGAUCUCAUUUCUAUCUGGGCGACGAUGGCCCAAACUUCAAAUUUGCGAACAAAAAAGAUAUCCUCAUUUCAGACAUCUGCAUUGCUAUUUCUGCUUUCGUCAUGUGGAGUCUGGCCCAAUACUUUGGAUCUUGGAACAUAAUGCUCCUCUACGGUUUUCCUUAUCUGUGGACAAACCACUGGAUUCGUAAGUCCCUCGCCUCCAAGCUCUUUCAUGCGACUAUUGAACUCUCAACUAACAUCGUCCAAAGUAACAAUCACAUUCCUCCAACACACCGACGCAUCAAUCCCCUACUACCCCACCAAAACCUGGACUUUUCUGCGCGGUGCAGCCUCAACAGUCGACCGCAACUUCGGCUGGAUCGGCACCCACAUCUUCCACGGGGCCAUCGAAACACACGUCAUGCAUCACCACGUCUCACGUAUUCCUUUCUACCACGCCGCUGA